GUUCAUACCGAAACCAAAACCAAACAGAAGUUCUCCGACUCGGAGUCUGAGCUUGAAACGCAUAAAAUAAACUUUUGCAAUCCGCUUCUCUUCUCUCUCACAAAUCCAUUCGGACUCUGGAGGAGGAAAGGCCGAUACGCCAAAGUGAAUUAAUUAAGCAGGGAUUAUGUCUUCCUUGUCUACAAUUCCGAUACGCCUCCUCAAGGAUGACGAGACCGAACGGCCAUGGUUCCAUCAAAAAAGCUCAUACGACUUCAACAGCAAGAUUAUGCUAACAGCCAUCAUUUCAUUAUCCGUCGUCGUUCUCCUAGUAAUCGUGCUUCAUACCUACGCAAGGUGUGUCCUCCGACGCCAAGCCCUUCGCCGAGCGGCCUGGCAUCAUAAUUUGGGAUCAACCGUGGCUCAUGCCCACUCCGUUGAGUCUGAGCCACCCAAGAUCGGACUCGAGCCAUCCGUCAUCGCCGCCUUGCCCAUAUUCGUAUUCAGACGUGCGGACGGUCGAGAUGGUCGGGAUGACAACGCAAUAGAAUGCGCUGUGUGCUUGAGCAUGUUGGAGGAUGAAGAAAUGGCACGGCUGCUUGUAAAUUGCAAGCAUAGUUUCCAUGCAGAGUGCAUCGACAAGUGGUUGAGUUCCCACACUACCUGCCCCAUUUGCCGGACGGAGGCGGAGCCACGUCUGCAGCUCGAGCCACGAGAAGGUCCCGCGGCCGGAACGCCCACAGCUCCGCCAUUGGAGCAUGUGAAUUCUGUGUUGUCACCAUCAUGUAUGGAAGGGACAUCAGAAGGGGCUCAAUCCAGCUCAGCUGGUACUAAAGUAAAUGCUCCUGUUUCGAGGUUGAGUUCUUUCAGAAGAAUCCUUAGCAUGGACAGAUCUUCGAGACGGGUUCAAUCUUGUGGUCAAGAAGAUGGUAUAGAAGACUUAGAGAGGCAGUGAAUAUUGCAACAAUUAUCGGUAAUAUUUUAGCAUAAUUUUGCAACGAGUACUUUUUGUUUAUUGUUACAUAAUUUUUGGUGUUAAUUAUUAAUUUCAUGUUAUCGCUAAUAGACGAUUAUAAAAAAACUUUGCUUGGUCGUUAUUUAUUGUCAAGAUUCUGUGUGUAUAUAUAUAGAAGAUUUAGAGACAAUGAAUAUUGCAACAACUGUUGGUAUAAUAUGUUAGCAUAAUUUUGCAAUGAAUACUUUUAUUUAUUGUUACAUAA